AUGCUACAAUUUAUGCCUGCGCUUCACUGUGUUCCCGCAUCUUGUCUUCCUCUCUUUUUUUACUCUCCUCUUCGUUUUCAUAUCUCUCUAUCUCUCUAUCCAUCUAUCUAUCUCAGCCUGUUCAAAUCUGUCUAUCUCUGCCAGUUCAUAUCUAUCUUCCUAUCCAUGUAUCGCAGUCUGUUCAUAUUUAUCUAUCGCUCUAUCUAUCUCCGCCACUUCAUAUCUGUUUAUCUUUCUAUCCAUCUAUCUCAACCUGUUCACAUCUAUCUAUCUAUCUAUCUAUCUAUCUAUCUAUCUAUCCUAGCCACUCUGUCUGUUAAUUUGUUCAUAUCUAUCUAUCUAUCUAUCUAUCUAUGUCAGCCUGUUAGCAUGUUCAUAUAUAUCUAUCUUACUUUUCAUAUCUAUCUAUUUAACUGUUUAUAUCUAUCUAUCUACCUAUCUCAUUGUUCAUAUCUAUCUAUCUAUCUAUCUAUCUCAGCCUGUUCAUAUCUAACAAGUUAUCUAUUUCAGACUUCUAAAGUUAGUACAGAUAUAAAAUAUUGUCUAAAAUUUCCGAAAUAUAAAAUAAUCUAUCUAUCUAUCUAUCUAUCUAUCUAUCUAUCUAUCUCAGUCUACUCAUUAUCUAUCUAUCUCAGUCUACUCAUUAUCUAUCUAUCUAUCUAUCUAUCUAUCUCAGUCUACUCAUUAUCUAUCUAUCUAUCUAUCUAUCUAUCUAUCUAUCUAUCUAUCUAUCUCAGUCUACUCAUUAUCUAUCUAUCUAUCUAUCUAUCUAUCUAUCUCAGUCUACUCAUUAUCUAUCUAUCUCAGUCUACUCAUUAUCUAUCUAUCUAUCUCAGUCUACUCAUUAUCUAUCUAUCUCAGUCUACUCAUUAUCUAUCUAUCUAUCUAUCUAUCUAUCUAUCUAUCUCAGUCUACUCAUCAUCUAUCUAUCUAUCUCAGUCUACUCAUUAUCUAUCUAUCUAUCUCAGUCUACUCAUUAUCUAUCUAUCUAUCUAUCUAUCUCAGUCUACUCAUCAUCUAUCUAUCUCAGUCUACUCAUUAUCUAUCUAUCUAUCUAUCUAUCUCAGUCUACUCAUUAUCUAUCUAUCUAUCUAUCUAUCUAUCUAUCUAUCUAUCUAUCUAAGACUUUUUCUUUCUUUCUUUCUUUCUUUCUUUCUUUCUUUCUUUCUUUCUUUCUUUCUUUCCGACGCUGGGAACCCUUUAUCUAUCUAUCUAUCUAUCUAUCUAUCUAUCUAUCUAUCUAUCUAUCUAUGA